AUGGCUAUAGAAACCAUGCCACCAUCAGAUGCAUCCAUGCUUUCUAAAGUUUAUUGCCAAGCUGGAGAGAAAGUUAUCCUCGUUUUCUUUAAAUUUCUAGGAACUAAGGAAUUUGAAGAUAAGCUUUUUGCUGAGAUAAGAGGAAGGAUUAAGGAGGAUGAUAUCUCUGCUCCUUUACGCAAAGGGCCUUAUUACUAUUAUGAUAGAACUUUGGAAGGGCAAGAAUAUGUUCAACAUUGUAGGCGCCUUAUAUCUGAUAGCCAAAAGGUGCCAUCUGUGCAUGACAUCAUGCCCACAGGACCUGAAGCUCCUCAUGAGCAUGUUAUUUUGGAUGAGAAUGUCAAAGCACAACAUCACAAGUACUACAGCAUUGGUACCUUUAAGGUUAGCCCAAAUAGCAAGUUGGUAGCAUAUGCAGAAGAUACCAAAGGAGAUGAAAUAUAUAAAGUAUAUGUCAUUGAUGCUGAGACUCGAGCUACUAUUGGAGAUCCUCUUGUUGGUGUAACAGGAUACCUUGAAUGGGCUGGCAAUGAUGCUUUAGUUUACGUCACAAUGGAUGAGAUUCUCAGACCUGACAAGGUAUGGUUUCAUGUGCUGGGAACAGAACAGUCAAAGGAUACACUUCUUUACCAGGAAAAGGACGAUAUGUUUUCUCUCGAUCUUGAAGCUUCUGAAAGCGAGAGAUAUUUGUUUGUUGCUUCAGAGAGCAAAAAUACAAGGUUCAAUUUUUAUAUGGAUGUUUCUAAGCCUGAAGAGGGUCUUAAAGUUUUGACACCUCGUGUUGAGGGUAUUGACACAACUGUCAGCCAUCGUGGAGAUCAUUUUUUUAUUAAAAGGAGAAGUGAUCAGUUUUUCAAUUCGGAGGUUGUAGCUUGUGCUGUCAAUGACACCUCUUCAACUACAGUUCUUAUUCCUCACAACGAAAGUGUUAAAAUUCAGGAGAUACAACUUUUUAGUGAUCAUCUAGUAGCAUAUGAGAGAGAAAAUGGUCUACAAAAAAUAAUCGUUUAUCACCUUCCCCCACUUGGUGAACCACUAAGAAGCCUUGAAAGCGGCCAAGCAGUUAGUUUUGUUGAUCCUGUAUAUUCAGUGUAUUCUUCGGAUUCAGAGUUUUCAUCAAGUAUUUUAAGGUUUUCGUAUAGCUCAUUGAGGACUCCUUCCUCUGUAUAUGAUUAUGAUAUGAAGACAGGCACUUCUGUUUUGAAGAAGAUUAACUCGGUUCUAGGAGGUUUUGAUUCAGCACAUUAUGUCACCGAAAGGCAGUGGGCACCUGCUUUGGAUGGAACUUUGAUUCCCAUUUCUAUUGUUUACCGUAAAGAUGCUGUGAAGCUUGAUGGAUCAGAUCCAUUACUACUUUAUGGAUAUGGAUCGUAUGAGAUAUGCAUAGACCCCAGUUUCAAAUCAACAAGGCUUUCAUUGUUAGAUCGGGGUUUUGUAUAUGCCAUAGCUCAUAUACGUGGAGGUGGGGAAAUGGGGAGGCAGUGGUACGAGAAUGGGAAGCUGUUGAAGAAAAAUAACACUUUUACUGAUUUUAUUGCAUGUGCCGAAUAUUUGGUUGAAAAAAAAUUCUGUUCUAAGGAAAGACUGUGCAUUGAAGGAAGAAGUGCUGGUGGUUUGCUAAUCGGUGCAGUUCUUAAUAUGAGACCAGAUUUAUUUAGGGCUGCUGUUGCAGGGGUACCUUUUGUGGAUGUUGUGACAACAAUGCUUGAUCCAACCAUUCCUCUCACUACUUCAGAAUGGGAGGAAUGGGGUGAUCCUAGAAAGGAGGAAUUCUACUUUUACAUGAAAUCAUAUUCCCCCGUUGAUAACGUGAAGUCACAGAACUAUCCACACAUUCUUGUUACAGCUGGAUUAAAUGACCCACGCGUUAUGUAUUCUGAACCUGCGAAGUUUGUUGCAAAACUAAGGGAUAUGAAGACUGAUGAUAGCAUCCUGUUGUUUAAAUGCGAGCUUGGUGCUGGACAUUUUUCUAAGUCGGGAAGAUUUGAGAAGCUCCAGGAAGAUGCCUUCACUUAUGCAUUCAUCAUGAAGACUCUAAACAUGAUUUAGUCUUUAGAUGCAUGUGGUGCUGAUGCCGUCCAGAUGGGUAAUUAAAACAUCCAUGGCUUGAGUGAGAGCUUAUUGUGUCAGACAU